CCUAAAAAUAGUCUGCGCCUGUGAUCUGCGCCAAUUUGACUUCUCGCUUUCAGUAAUAAUAUUAUAAUAUUAUUAAUAAUAAUAUAAAUAAUUAAUAAUAGGAUGCACAUUAACGCUUUUAAAAACGCCUUAGUUCGUACUUUUAUUCGCUGGUUCACAGUUGAUUAUAUGAUGUGCUAUAUUCUACCAUCAAGUUGAAUAAUAAGUUAUUAGCGUGCAUAUCAUAAUAUGUUUGUUUUCUAGUCGCAGCGGACAAAAAUUGCUAAACUGCCUAAAAAAAUAACCUAAACGCAAAAAAAUCAAGUUGUUUCGUGUCCAAUUCGUCAGAUUUGUGAGCGAGAUGGACCAGUUUACUCCAAUAAAGCAGAGAUCGGUGCUCCGGUGAACCGACUGCAACGGACUACCUCAAGAAAGGCUCAGCUGAUGUGAAACAAGAACCUGUGACUAAUUUCAGUGAUGAUGUUGGGACUAUGGUAAUUCGUAGCACGGUUACUGCCUCCAGCUAUAGCGGCUCGGACGGUUUUAAAAUACGCAAAACCGGUAAUGAUUCAGGAAAAAGCCGCGUUUGUGAGUUCUGCAACAAAGAAUGUAGCACAAAACAAAGCUUGGAAAAUCAUAGAAGAACUCACACCGGCGAACGUCCCUAUGCAUGUGAUAUCUGUAGCAAAACAUUCAUCUCCGCUACAAGUCUGAUGCACCAUAUGAUGACUCAUACAGGAGACCGGAAUUUCGAGUGCAACAUAUGCAAGAAACGUUUUGUCCUCAAAACGAAUUUAUCGCAGCACAUGUGUUUACACCGCAUCGAUUACCCGCAUAAUUGUCCGAUAUGCUAUAAAAGAUUCGAAAGCCGUUGUAAUCUUGAAGAACAUAUGCGCAGUCACAGCGAUAAACGGCUCUUCAAAUGUGACAUAUGUGGUGCAUUCUACAAGAGCGCUGAUAAGCUAGAAAUGCAUAUAAAAACCCAUAAGGUCAACCCCUUCUCAAGCGAUUUGGACAGUUCGGAAAUGCGCAGUACUAAUGUUAGUGAUCAUUCAUGGGAAAAAUACGUUUGUGAAUUCUGCAACAAAAAAUGCCGCACGAAACAUACCUUGAUGAACCAUAGAAGAACCCACACCGGGGAACGUCCUUUUACAUGUGAUAUCUGUGAUAAAACAUUCAUUACCUCUACAAAUCUUCGAAAUCAUAAAUUUAUCCAUACAAAGGAUCGGAAUUUUCAGUGUGACAUAUGCGGGAAACGUUUUGCACUGAAAAUAAAAUUAUCGUCUCACAUGAAAAUACACCGCACAGUUUGCCCACAUCAGUGUGUGAUUUGCGAUAGAAAAUUUACAACUGAUCAAUGUCUCGCGAGCCAUAUGCACAGUCACAGCGAUGAGCGAUCCUUUAAAUGCGAUAUCUGUGGCACUUCAUUCAAGAGAUCUAGAGAAUUGAGGCGCCAUGUGAACAGGAUACACAUAGUCAAUCCCUCUUCAAGCAACUCGAAAGGUUCGAAAUCACGUUACUUUACAUGUGAUAUCUGCAACAAAACAUUGGUCACCGCCAAAGGUCUAGAGUACCAUAUGGGUGCUCACACAGGAGUUCGAAAUUUCGAAUGUGACAUAUGCAAACGACGUUUUAUCUUGAAAACAGAUCUAUCGGUCCACAUGAAAAUACACCGCCAAGAUUGCCCAUAUAAGUGCCUGAUUUGUGAUAAAAAAUUCGCAACUAACCCUCGUCUUAAAGAGCACAUGGUCGGUCACAGUGAUGAGCGACCCUUUAAAUGUGACAUCUGUGGUAAAUCAUCUAAGACAUCUAAAGCAUUAUUGUACCAUAUGUUGAUGGUCCACAAAGUCGAUACAUUCCCAAGCAACGCGGAUAUUUUAGAACCAAACCGUACUGAUGACAGUCCAUCAAAAUACAGCUGCGACAUAUGUGGCAAACAGUACAACAAAAUCAGAUCAUUUUGCUUACAUCUGUCUCUUCACCGGAGCACUGUUGUGGAAUCGGAGCAAAGAUCUGAACGGAAAUUUCAAUGUGAGUUAUGUAGCAAAGCAUUUUCCGAACAGUCAAAAUUAGCGCGACACAUUGAAGCUCACAGCACAACGCUGCACGAGUGUCACAUUUGUGAAAAAGAAUUUUCGCAUUCUCGAAGCCUAAAACUGCAUAUGACUUGUCAUACUAAAGAACUACCUUUUAAGUGUGAUAUUUGCGGGUCAACGUAUAGAACAUUCAGUAUCUUGACCCACCAUAAGAGAACGCACACCGUGGAGAGGUCAUAUAAAUGUGAAAUCUACGGGAAAGGCUUUCUGUUUCCGUCCGGGCUAGAGCGGCACAUGCUUUGCCAUACUAAUGAACGGCCUUUUGAGUGCAAUCUGUGCCACCGAUCAUACAAGUCAGUUGAUAGGCUGAAAACUCACGAAAAAAAACUUCAUUAGAAGUGUGAUCGCAUGCGGAUUUCGUUAUUCCGUUAGGCAACUCGAAUACUCUAGUAUUAAUUUUGACAACUAAGGGGCUCGAAAAAUAAUGAUCUUUAAAUUGAAAAUGAGGUUUAACAGCGUCACCACCGCCUGACGAUUUUUCAUUGAAAAUGACUGAGCGCUGACAGAGAAUAUAAAAAAUAUUUCAA